UCGCGAAACAGGCUGUCGAGAAUGUCGCACGUUUGCCAGUUACGCAGUAGUUCGAGAUUCAAUUCGCUCCCAUUUCGACAUAAGUCGCGCAAUAAAUUCUCGUCGGGAAUGCAAAGUGACGCGUCGGAUCUCGUAUCGCUGCGUUCUCUGUUUCCACUCGUUGGAGAGAAAACCGAGAUCGGCCGAAAGUUCCGGCGAGAAAUAGGCGCCGUAGCUUCACGUGCGCUCGGGGCGACUCGGUCGGUUCCGUCGCGCGGCGCACUACUUGGCGCGCGCGUAUGGGCUCGCCGACGCGUGGCGCGGUCGGCCGGGCGAGAGCGAGCGCUGCCCGGCGGCGCGCAGAUAGAGUCAAACGAGGCCAGAUCGCAGAUGGACGUCCGCGCGAGAGUACUGUCGUGGGCAGCGCGACGCGCCGUGCCGUCGUAAGUGCGCCCGUCAAUUGCGUACGUCGUACCGGUCUCGUCCCGGGAUCACGCGUCCGCCACAGAGCGAACGAACGCACGCACGGUCCACCGUGUUUCAAAUCGCGGCUGUUCGCGCGCGUGCGACACCGUGCGCGUCUCCGUCGGUGACAGCCGCGCGUUGACAGUAAUGACAGCCCGACGUGUUGACAGUCGGCUACAGUGACAGUUGACGCGGAGAGAUCCGGAGCGUUCUCUCCGUUAUCGAGACAUACGCGCUCGUCAAUUUCGCGAUCGGGUGCACACACAGGUGGGUGUGUGCGCGCGUGCGCCUGCUGCAUGCGCGCGCGAGAUCGGUGACAUGUCGGCGAAUCUCCGGUGAGGACGACGAUCGACUUCCGUGUGACGCGGGGCCAGGGACGAGAGCAGAAGCUCGGCCGUCCGAGUGACGGCGUAAAUCCACGUGCUCCACCUGGGCAGUGUCGGCAGCGGAGAGGCGAGGUCGUGGCCGAGUCGAUCGAAGGAGGAUACACGGGAGAGGAGGCGUGUGAGUGUACCUUACUACGUGUGUACGAACGCGAGAGAGCGCGCGCGCGCGUCGAGUGGGGCGAAGAAGCGAGUGUUUCGGCCGGGUUCGCGCACUGACAGUCGGCGAGGAGGAGGUGUGUACACCGCCGCGCGCACGGUUACGUGUACGCGCCCAUCGUGCUCCGCUCCUUCGCUCGUGAAUCACGAUCGCAGUGCGUAACGCGCGUGCCGAAAUUCCACGUCAAGGGGGAGAAAGAGAGAGAGAGUCGCAAGGUGAUUUGAAGGUGAAGGACGGUAAACACACGACGAGCGUGUUCCUUCGAGGGAGCGAAGGGCGGUCAUUUCUCGGAACCGCGAACAUUCGGACGGUGGAAUUCGGCGCGCGAACGUGUGUUUACGCUUCCGGCAAGGACGAGUUACGCGCACCCGGGCGGCGAUUUUCGGAGUCGAUUCGCGGACUCUGCGCCGUAUGAUCGACGAGUUCACGAUCGCCGGCCGCGAAGCGGAGAGUGAAAGAUAGAACAGCUGGCGGCGAAUUUGUCGGGAGAUUAGCGGCGCACGAUCGACGUCAACGACCGGUUGUAUUCGCGGUCCCGUAAGGAGGCCUCGGCUACCGCGGAGCCGCGUGCGUUAUCAGCGCGCGAUCGCCGACGAUUCGUGGCGUUUCGUCUCACUCGCGAUAGAGAGAGAUCGCGUGUCUCAAGAGUGAACCGAAUUGACGCACUCGAGGCGAAUCCGAGCCGGCUGAAUCUCUGUCCCGAGAAAAAGUCCGCGUCAACGACCGGUUCUGCUACGAGACUUCCGUCGAGAGACGGCCGGGAUCAUUCAGCGCGAUCGUCCGCGGCUGUGCGAGAAAGAGUGACAUUCGCGCGCGAGAAGGGAGAAAGACGGUUUUUCCGACGAGCCGCGCGAAAUCGGAGUCGCCGCCGGUGAAUCGCAGUGAGUGAGUGAGUAAGAGAGAGAGAGAGGGGGACAGAACGAGGAAGAAAGAAGACGAUGCUGUCCGGCCGUCGCAGUUAAUUCGCACGUGUCGCGAUGUCGGGUGGCACGGCGGGCGUCCGUGGCGCCGAGUGCAGGAAGUUCGCGCCGAACAUAUUCAACAAGAGCAAGUGCAGCAGCUGCUUCAAGCAGAAGGAGGAGCACAGCGCGGAGGCUCUGGAAUGCAACAGGGCUACAAGGAAGAUCUCCAAAUGCGGAUACCUCUUCGUCGCGCCCGGAUGGGACUUCUCGAACCCGCUGAACCGGACAAAAAGAUGGCAACGGAGGUGGUUCGUCCUCUACGACGACGGGGAGCUGACGUACUCCGUGGACGAACACCCCGAGACGGUGCCUCAGGCGAGGAUCGAUAUGACCCGCGUCCUGGAGGUGGCCGCCGCCGAGGACGUCACUGGACAUCCUUACAGCCUCGCCGUGACCUCGCCGGAAGGUGUGACCUUCGUCAAAGGGACGUGUCGGGAAGAGACCAGGUGGUGGACGGAUGUUCUCCAGGUGUACUCGCGAAACAAGGGUCGGCAUAAGCGGAACGCAACCUUUCCCGGCGGACAGACGACGAUUCUGCAGGUUACGCCGACGAUUCGAAGUAACACGCCGAAUCCGCCGCGGCCGCGCUUCAACAGCUGCCGCUCGGAGCCGCGCGGCAGCGCGUGGAUCCCCGAGAGCGGCGGUGGCUCGUCGGAGUUAUGUUCGUCCGUCUUCUCGUCGACGCCGUCUUUGGUGACGACCAGCGUCGUCACGACUGCCAACAACAGCGUGUUGACGAACGGCAACGCGCAGAACGUCACCGAGGCGAAGAACAACCUGUCGCCUUUGCUGAGCGGUGGCGGUGCGCCGCUCGAGAACGGCUCGAGCGGAAGCUACCUGACGACCGGUGCGACGUCGACGACGACCACGACGACGACGUCGAUGUCGAUGAACGGCGGCGUCUGCUGCGCGGUCUACUCGACAACCACGACGACCGUCUCGACGGCGACGAGCGCCACUCCGUCGGGCGUCGUCCUCAGCAGCGUCGGCUCGCUCAGCGAGAAACCACCGAUGAUCCCCCAUGAUGGCAGAUCGAGUUAUCGGGACCAACCUGCUAGCAGCGCGUCACCACCGACCCGGGACAAGCUCCGCGCCGAGGACAAGGCCAGGCGCAGGAUGAAUCAGCAAGGGGAGCGGACAAGCGGCAUCAUCGGCGACGCCAGUGCAGCCUCCGGCGAGAAACUAGAUGAUGACGCGUGUCGGAGAAUACUUCUGGAGCAUGAGCGAGAGAGAGAAGGGAAGCUACGGGACAUCGCGGCUUCGUUAACUCAACCACGAGCUAGGAGGAUCAAGCCGAGGACUUCGGAGCCGACUAGGGACGUCGUGGAUGCUGCAAAUGCCGCUCAUCAGGAUAAACUUAUUCGAGGCGAUCCUGACGGCUGCGGUCUCGACAUUUCCGGCAUCAGGUAUUCGCCCACUUCCGAGUUGAGGGUCGAUCUGCCAGCGGAGGACUUGCUGAACAUCAAGAAGGGCUGGCUGAUGAAGCAGGGACUGAACAAGGAGUGGAACAAGCACUGGUUUGUUCUGAGAGGCUGCGGAUUGAUGUACUACAGGGACCCCUGCGCGGAGGACAAGGGCAUCAUGGACGGCGUCAUAGAUUUGAACACCGUCACUGCGGUCACGUCGCUUCAGGUCGCGAGGAAUUACGGGUUCCAGACUGUCGCUUGGGAUGACCGAGGCAGCACGGUGCUCUCCGCAGUGACCGCCGGUAUCAGGUCUAGUUGGAUGUCAGCGAUCAAAAGAGCGGCCAAUCUACCUGAUCCCGACAGCAACAACGUGGACUCCCUCGCUGUUUGCCCGGACACUCAGCAAGAGGCCAAACCGCAGUCUCCCACCGCAUCCAUCACAGACCGCGAGAGAGACUCCGUCGUGGCCUCGACGUCCAUCACACCGAGAUCGGUGCUGUUCUCCUCCGACGAGGAGUACAGGACCGCUUCUGAGGGUGGACGCCGAGAGUCCGGCGAUUGGUCUGAGAUCCCGGUGUCUCCGCCGCUCGUGAGAAACGGAGAUUGGCCCAUCGCUCUGAAGGGUUCCGGCUGGUCGGACUCGGCGAACCACGAAUGGUCCGAACUGCCGCCCUCGCCGCCACUGACAAGGACCGCGUUGUCCAGGGUGAAGGCCAGGUCUCGAUCGAGCUCGAGGUCGCGGGUUUACAAGAGAAGCCGUAGCUCGCCACCCAGCUCGAGGAGAAGCACCCUGGACAGCGUGAGGUCGGAGGACCUGAUGAUGGCUUGCUGCGAACUCGGCGAGGACGAGGAGCAGAGCAACGGCCAUUUGCAAGGCAACAGCUGCCUCUCGAGCGCCAACGACAGUCCCUUGAUCGUUGAACUUUUGGAGAAUCAGGUGUCGCUGCUGCACGAUCAGCUGGACCAGAAUCAGUCUCACCCGAGCACGCUACUAGUCAUUGUCGAGCGUCAGGAGAACGAAAUCGAGAGCCUGAAGUCGCAGCUGAACGUGGCGCGUACGGACGUCGCGAACGCGGAGAAGGAGCUGGCCAGACUGAGGCAGCAGAAGGUGGAAGCGUCCAUCCGGGAGAAGCAGGUGGAUGAGUUGUUGAACACGAUACAGAGAACCGAGCAACAGAGGAACAAGGAUCUGGAGGAUCUGGAGAAGAUGAAGAAGGUGUACAGCAGAGAGAAGGAGGUUUUGGAGUGCAAGUUGCUGGAAACGGAGGCUAUCCUGCGCGAGACGACGGAGAGAUGCGAGAUGCUCACGAACGAGCUCGCGUCCAGUCACAGAACCGUUGAACAUUUGCAAGCGGAAAUGUCGGCUCUCGGCGACAGACUGUCGCAAGGUAUCGAGGAAAACGAGCGUCUCUACAACCGAGUGAGGGAAUUAGAGGAGAAGAAUGGACUGUCCGUUUCGAGAGAACGCGGGAGAAGCUUCGACUCACUCAGCGACUUGACUAACAUCGAGUUGGACUUGGAUCUAACCGCGCUGGACAAGGAAAGAGUCGUGGAAGAAUACGACGAAUUGCGAAGCCGCUUCGAGAAGGCCGUGAUGGAGAUUCGAGCCAUGAGGAAAGAGCUGCGAGAGGCUCACGCGACGCAGGAUGUGCUGGAGCUGGAGAUCUUCGCUCACAAGCAAGACGCGGCCAGCGUCAACGAGACCAAUCAGGCGCAAGCGCAAUUAAUGGCGGCGAGGAUCCAGGAUCUGACCAACAAGCUGGCGGCCAGCGAGAAGCAAGUCAGGACGCUGAAGCAGAAGCUGACGAAGGCUGAGACCAGAGACAAGAGGCGGUCGCUCUCCCUCAAAGGAAGAGAAUCUUUCCAGAUCUCGCAGGAAGUAGAAGACAAACUGCUGGAUCUGGAGAACAAGAUCUGCGCGAUUGAGCGGGGCAAGAGCGUCAGCGCUCCCGUCUCCGCGGGCAGCAGCUCGAAAGAGUCGAGUCCGAACCUGAAGAAAGAGAAGCGGCGGGACAGUAAGAACCUGGACCGAGCCAGACUGCGCCGGAAGUCGCUGGACAGCGCGACGAGCUCCGAGCCGAUGAAAGUAUUAAUCCGACUGAGCACCUUGGAGACGAAGGUGGCGAACGUCGUCGCCGAGACCAUGGCCAGCGACGCGGAGAAGGACUCGAGCGAGUGCAGCGAGGUCAGCGGCUCUUCCGAGGUGUCGCUGGAGGUGCUGGCGAGGCUGAAGAAGCUCGAGCGAGUGGUCGCCAAGUCGAAGCGACGGCUGGAGAAGUGCCUCGGCUCGACACAGGCGGAGGACAAAGCCGAGAAGUGUUUGCGCGAGGUGAACGACAUACUGGACUCGUGCUUAGAAUGUAAGAAGAGCCAAGCCGGCGCUCAAGUCACCGAGUCAGUAGGAGUAGCGGUAUCUAGGCUAGAAACUAUACUUAAGGACAAACUGAGCGAACUCACGAAGAGACGGCAGAUGCUGGCGCAGGAGGGCCGGCUGGACGAGCGGGAGAAGACGAAGCUGCUCGCCGAGAGGGUGGCCUUCGAGUCCGUGAUCCUCAGGCAGAUCAAGUGCGCGCUGAACCGCACCGCGGACAGGAGCGCCGUUCUCAGCGAAUUGGUCGAAACUAGUCAGCUUGCCUCAAGCUUAAAGCGUAAGAUUCACGGAACCAAGCCCAAAACGUACCAAAACACGAAUUACAUUCAGUAUCUCACUAAGGUGUUAGCGAAUAAGUUAGUAUUGGUAGGGCAGGCGGCCGACACGGCGAAGGAGGUGAGCGCGGCUCGCAGCGAGAGCCUCAACUUCCUGCUGCAGAAGCAGCGGGAGGUGAACGAGAUGAUGCGGAAGUACAAGGACACGAAGCUGCGGCAGCUCGCGGAAGCGUUGGCCGCCGAGACGCUGAGUCUGUCGGAGCAGGAGGACAACCUCGGUUGCAAGCAGGUCGGCGGCUCGAGCAAGAAGCUGCUCGAGGACAGGCGCAUUCGCGAGGCCUGGGCCUUGGCCCAGGAGACCGUGAGCAAGGAGCUCGUGCAGGCGGAGGUGUCGCACGUGAUCAUGCGCUACGGGCAGCUGUACGAGCGGAACGUCACGUCGAUCGCCGACACCUGCCUCAGCUUCGACAGCGCGGACCACGUCAGGCUGGAGUCGUGGGUGGACGCGGCGCAGACGCGACUGCGCCAGGAGAUGGAGCUCUCCAUCCACGAGCUCUCGGAGGCCUACGAGGAGUGUCUCCGCGCGAUGAAGAAGAGCAAGCUGACGAUCGCUGACGCCAAGUACGAGUCGCGGCAGCUGCUGACCGACUACGCCGACGUGGUCGCGCACAAAGCUUUGAUAGACUCCAGGAUCGCGCUUCUCCAGGACACCACGCGGCAGCCGGCCAUGACAUUCCCCGGGGAGACCUUCGUAUCUAGUCUUAUUCGAAACGAGGACACGCUCGCCUGCCUGACCGACGAGGGCUGCGACCUUCAGGGCAAUCCGAUCCUCGACGCGGAGUAUAGUUACCUUUACCAGCGGUUGGCGAAGGAAUGCGAGGAGAGGGUCACCGGCAAGCGAGAGUCGAAGGAGCAGCUGAAGAACAUCAGCCAGUCGUUGUUUCACCUGGAGGAGGACCUCGCGGGGCUCAGCAAGUGUAUGAGGGACAAGGCGGCGGGCGGAAGUGUCGACGGUGUCGCUUGGUCCAAGUGGUCCGGCAACGUCACCGAUUGGUCCGGCGUGUGCGACAAGUGCUCCCACCUGCGCGAGCAGAUCAGGAAGCUGAGCGAUUACGUGAACAGCGUCUCGUGUCAGACCUGCGGUCAGCUUCAAGAUACCAUUCAGAGGAUAACCGCCGAGCACAAUCAGGAGCUGGAGACGCUCAAGCGCGAUCAGGAGAAGGAUCUGAUGGACAUCAAGGGUGAGCUGGACAGCCAACGCCAGUCCCUCACGUCGCGGUACGAGCAGGAGGCGGCCAGCUUGCGCGAGCGCGCCAGGAAGCUGGAGCACCGUCUUAACGCGAUGGAUUCCGAGCAUUCGGCUCACGUGAACGAGCUGAGAGCGGCUUAUCAGCGAUCGAUCAGCGCCGAGUUGGACACCGACGCGGAGACCCGGAAGAGAUACAAGGAGGAGAUCAAGCAGCUGCGCGCCCUAUGCGAGAAAGGUCUGUUGGCGAUGGAGAAUUCUCAUAGACGCAUUAUCGCCGAGAUGGAGGAGAAACAUCGACAAGAGCUCGAGAGCCUCAGAGUGGAGAAAGAGCAAGCGCUCUCCGAGGAGACCCAGGCGACUCUGGCCGCGUUGGACGCCAUGAGAAAGGCGCAUGAACACGAGGUGCAGAAGGAGAUUGCCAAGUUCAAGCAGGAGUUCAUCAAACAGAUGCAAGCGCGCGAGGACAUCGGAGUACUUCACAAGGAACACGAAGAAGAAAUGGAGGAGAUAAAGCAGGAGAUUCUCUCUCUGUCUGCGAAGUAUUCGUCCAAGUGCGUGGAGUCCGCCGCACUGGAGGAGAAGGUAGGCAAUCUAUCGAAGCAGCUCGCUCAGGCGCAGCAGCACAUCAUGCAAUUGGACGCGAGGAACAAGCAGCUGAGGGCGCAUCUCGUGCUGGAGACGAACGACAGCGGCGGUAUCAACGACACGAUACAGAUUCUACGGGGUGGUCGAGACAACGAGCUUGCCGAACCGCGGGAGGAGAUACAUCGACUGCAACAGCAAUUGAAGCAUGGGGACACCCCUCGUGAAUCGUCCGGUGUGCCGUCGAAAGCCCCGUCGCUAGACUACUCGCCGGCCUGUUCGCCGCAGCGCGCCAGGAGUAACCAAGAGUCGCCGGCCGCCCGGACGAGCGGCGUCGUCGGCGCCGGUGGCAGCAGCGAACAGAGAGUAACGAGCGAGCGAAGUUCGAAGGGCUCCUCCAUGUCCGGCGCGUUGCAAAAGCGAUCGCUCUCUCAGGCGGACCGGCCGAGCGCGUUCUCGUACAAGCUCGAACGCGUUAAGUCCGUCUCCCUGCCGUACACGAGUAGUCUGGCUAGACCGGGCGGUACUUCCGGCGCGCCGUCGCACGACGGGAAAGACUCGGCGAGCUUAGAGCAAAAGGGUCAGGAGCGUAACGGCCUGGGCUCGCCGUUGUGGGACAGCUUGAGACCGAGGAGCGGACUGCCUCAUCAGUAUCAAGGUGGCACAACAGAGAUGCGAGUCGGCGGCGCUGGCGGCCGGUGGCAGGAGAACAAACAGAAUGAAAAGCAGCCACAUCAGCAGCAUCAGCAGCAACAACAACAGCAGCAGCAGCAACAGCUCCCGGAGACAUACACCCUCCGUGCCGACGCUCGUCACACAUCCCGCCUCACCCCGGAACCCACAGCUCUCGCCGUUGCAGAGCUGAUGAGGUCUCCACCAGUGAGGUGGUCCAGCAGAAGUUGCCGCAGCCUGCCCCCAACGCCCACACCGAGUUACCAUCAUCCACUUCAUCCUCCUCUGCCCGCCGUCGGCAUGGUCGCCGAACGGAAGAAGCGUUUCGAGCUCUGAACCCCCAUGCAUUUCUCUUUUUUCCGAUGUAAUUCGAUGUAACUCGACGACGCGAGGAGACCCGCGCGAGGAUAGCACGCGAGAACGAAUGUAGAAACGAACGAUGAAGAAACGAAUGACGAAACGAUCGCUUUGAACAUAUUUAGAGAUGACAAAUUUUGAGCAGGUCCAAUAAUAUUUCGCGUAUAUCAUUUGUACAAGUAUUAAAAAUCGAAGUAUCGGAUAGUAUUUAGAAGAAAAAAGAAACAAAAAAAGAAACGAGAAGUAUUCCGAGAAAGAGAAAGCAAAAAAAAAA